CUCAUUUCGCUGUCUAUCCGUCCGGACCUCCCCCGCAUAGAUUCCAGUCUGCGCGUUCACGCGUCAGAGCACGGCGGCAACGGUGAUCGAGCACGUCGGCGUCAGUCUCUGCGGUUCGGAGGAGAGUCUUUAUUUUGAGAGGCUUCUGGCGUCUUUCGCCGCGUUGCUCCAAGGGUUUGUGCCACAUUUAAAGCAGUCCUCUUGGUUCUGGAACAAGGAGGGGGAGCUACGGUUGUAACCGCGCAGCAACGGCCUGUCAGCAGAUGGCUAGCCGGGACACAGGACGAGAUGCCCCGGACGCUCCGCGGGACGGACCGGAGGCGAGCCACCCAGAACCAGCGUGUCAGGAGGCGCAAAAAUGGAUUGAGGCUGUAACAGGGAAGAGUUUCGGGGAGAAGGACUUCCGCAGCGCUCUGGAGAACGGCAUCCUGUUAUGCGAACUGCUGAGUGCCAUCAAGCCAGGCCUGGUCAAGAAGAUCAACCGACUGCCCACCCCCAUCGCUGGCCUGGACAAUCUGUCUGUCUUCUUGCGUGGCUGUGAGGAGCUGGGCCUGAAGGGGUCGCAGCUAUUUGACCCGGGGGACCUGCAAGACACCUCCAUCAGAGCCAACCUCAAGGAUUCCGACUGCAACCGCAAGCUUAAGAAUGUGCUGAACACAGUCUUCUGGCUGGGAAAAGCUGCGAGCGGCUGCGCCUCGUACAGCGGGCCCACUCUCAACCUCAAGGAGUUCGAAGGUCUUCUGGCUCAGAUGAAGGUGGAAAGUGACGAUGGUGGGGAUGGCUCCCAGAAGCGGAGUGUGCGAGACAGUGGCUACGACUGCUGGGACUCAGAAAGGAGUGACUCUCUCUCUCCUCCUCGACACACUCGCGAUAACUCCCUGGACAGUCUGGAUUCUUUCGGCUCCCGCUCGCAGCACAGCCCCUCACCCGAUGUUGUGACCCGCGUCAACAGUGAUGGGCGUGGCAGCGACUCCGAGGCCGAUGGCCCCAACCGGCGGCCAGAUGUGAGGAAAGAUGACAUGUUGGCCAGGCGGAUGCCCAGUUGUGAUUCGAGGAGCUCCGUCCCGUUUAACCAGUUCCUGCCCAACCGAAGCAACGCCACCUCCUUCGUCCCAGUUCCACGGCGGAAGCCCCAAGCAGAGGAAGGAGAGCAGCGAAGCCAAGCUCUCAAGGAGCAAACUGAUGGCAAACGAUUUCACUGCAAGGCCGCGAAGACUGUCUCAUGGGCUCACGAGAGCAGUCCAGACAACCUAAAUAAUGAGGCGGCUGUGGGCGCUUUGGAUGAGAAGAAGCUGCAGAAGUUGGAAAAGGCCGGAAUUAAAGUCCUGCCUGCUGCCGUUCGCUACAGCAGCCAAGCACCGUCCGAGGAACAGGAAGUGAGGUCGCCGGUUCCGGAUAUCAUCCUACGGCGGGAAAAUGACUUCCUGAGUGGUCACAAGUCAGUGUGGGACUCUUCCUCAGAUGGGGAAGGGGAGGCAGAUGUACAGAAAGUCCCGGAUGUCCGUAAAGACGACCUGGCGUCCAGGCGGGCAGUGCGCGGCCCUGUUUCUCCCAAGGUGCAUCAGUUUGUGCCUGCACCCGUGUGUAGCAGCAAGGAUCGUGAGCGCUGGGAGGGCAUUAGACGAGCCUCUCAGCAAACACUGCAAGAGAAAGAGAUCAGGGAGGAGGACGAGGAUGCGGAGCAAGAGGGAGGAGCGGGAGGGGUUAAUGCGAUGCCUAAUAAGCAGACGGAUGACCUGGCUCGGAGGCGUGCGCAGAGUAGGCCACUUCCCCAGAGAGGUGGGCCAGUGAGCUUUGCUCCUGCGUCCAUGAGCCAGGCAGACAUGCAGAAGUGGGAGAGACUCAAGAUGACUGAGCCAAGCAGCAACAUCCCACUCGCAGAAAAACCCUCCACAACUCCACCCAGCAAGUGUGCAAACCUGGAGGAGGAGAAAGAAAUCCUUAACCCCUCCGUCCCUGAAGCCGCUGAGCUCCACUCUCCUUCACCUAUCACCCCAAGUCCAACUCACGCACACAUUUCUAAAGAAGAGUUGAUAGAGAAUGUGAGGGCUGAGAGGGAGACAAAAGAGGAGCCACGAAGGAAGCCAUCCUGGCUGGAGGAUGAUCUGCCUCCAAUGAUGAUGAGUCGGCGAGUUGCGUAUUUGUCUGAGGACACUGAGAGCGCCAGCAUGAGCGACAUCGCCAAUGAGGACGAGGUGGGACACUUGCCGUCUCUCAGCCAGUCGCGCUACGAAAGAAUGCACGAACAGUACAACAACUUCCAGGAGGACGAUGACCAGUGGCAGGAUGACUUGGCUCGCUGGAAGAACCGCCGCCGCAGCGCCUCGCAGGAGCUCAUCAAGAAAGAGGAGGAGAGGAAGAGGAUGGAGAAAAAGAUGAAGGAGGAUGGUGUCGAGGGCAGCAAGAGGAAGAGCAUAAAGACCUACAAAGAGAUAGUAGAGGAGAAAGAGAGACGAGAGGCUGAGCUGUGUGAAGCCUAUAAGAAAGCAGCGAGCCCAGAGGAGGCUGCCAUGGUCUUACAACGCUACGCACUCCGCUUUACCAUCAGUGAUGCCACCUUGGACAGUUUAAAGCUCCCCAGAUCGAACUCUAAUGUCAGCCCUGAGAGCAGUAUGGUGGAGCACAAACCCACCAAGGAGUGUGAGUCUCCGGAAGCUCCACAGCGACCAGAACCAGAAGCUUCGGCCGCAGUGACGGAGCCAGAGGCGCCUGAAGAGUCGUCCUCAACUGCUUCAUCCGUCUCUCCAGCAGCCUCCGAUGAUGUCCAGCAGUUAAAACUUAAGACACCUCAGUCUAAAGAACUCCAAGGACCAGUUAGUGAGCCUCAAAACAUAGACAAGAAGCCUCCCUCAAUUGUUAGAGAAACCGAAGUCACACCGACUGCGGUGGCACCUAUGCAGCUUCCGAGCGUAAAGCCGACGCACAAGCUCCCGUCCCCGACUGCUCCCACCUCCAGACCUGUCCCACUUCUGACAGCCAAGCCAUACGGCCAGCCCCGGAACUCCCUGAACAUUAAGAUGGACGGUUUGGUGCGGGUGAACGGUGACGCCUCUGUCUCAAGUCCUCCUGUGUCCCCGCUGAUCACUCCAGAGAAGGAAAACAAACCGAUGAAAGAGGAAAUUCCCACCCAACAGUCUUCAUCUACUCAAGAGCUACACCAACCAUCAUCUCCUCCGACUACUUCUGCUACUCUCCCUCCCUCUCAGUCAUCAUCUUCAUCAUCGUCAUCAUCAUCCUCAGGCUCCACCAUCAGCUCCUUGUUCCCUGGAAGAAACUGUGUUGUCACGACAAUGAUUGUGACCGAGCUGACUCAGACCUUAAUCGAGCCAUAUCAGGAGGAAGGGCUGAGCAACGGAGAGGUGAAGACGGUCGUGGACUUGCAUGAGAAGCCAUCAGAGGAGAAACCAAGUCAGCCAUCUUCAACCGCCACAGUAGAAUAUUCUGCUCCAGUCUCCGACGGCCUUGAGGAGAACAGCCACUCUAUUGAGACCCCCAUAUUGAACUUGGCUAAACGCGUUAAUCACUGGGUGUGGGACCCCAAUGAGGAGCGUAAGCGCCAGGAAAGGUGGCAACAAGAGCAGGAGCGCCUCCUAAAGGAGCAAUACCAGAAGGAGCAGGAGAAGCUGAAGAAAGAGUGGGAGAAAGCACAGCUGGAGGUCGAGGAGGAGGAACGGAGGCACAAUGAAGAGGAGCGGAAGAUAUUGGAGGAAACCGUGGCCCCGCUUUAUCCAUCUGGCCUCGUCAGUCAGCAGUCAGACCAGAAGACAGCGACCCCUACAGUUCCACCGGUGAACAACUCUGACAGCAGGAAUGGCCACAAUCCCAAGACUGGAAAGGAGGACCAGCACGUGUCUAAGCUGCAUUUCCUUCAAGAGUCUCUAUGUGAAGGGGAACCAUUGAAGAAACAGGAAAUGUGGAAAACAGCCUCUCUGGACCGGAACUCUCAGCUGGACCAGGACCAUUUUGUGAAACGGUCUGGGUCCCAUGAAGCAGUGGCAGGGAAACUGUCUCAACCUCCUUCACCCAGCAGGUGCGUGAGUGGGAAGAGACUAUGCUCCGGUUGUUCUCAGCCGUUGGGGAAGGGAGCUGCGAUGAUCAUCGACACACUGGGACUAUUUUUCCAUAUGCAGUGUUUUAAGUGCGGCGUGUGUCAGGGUCAGCUUGGCGACACCACUGCUGGAACUGAUGUGCGAAUUCGCAACGGACUGCUGAGCUGCAACGACUGCUACAUUGCAUCUAGAGGUAGGGGGCAGCCCACCACGCUAUGAUGGCCAGUCGCAGAUUUCAACCUAAACUACCACCUAUUGCACAAUCUCUCAACUUGAAUCCUGGGAAAUAUUUGGGAACCGCAGCUUCAUCUCCUUUUUAUUGUGAAUUAAUCUGAACAACUGGAAGGUUUUUAUUGAAGAAAGAAAGCGUUGGAACUCUGAAACUUUCCUCCAUCAGCAUGUUCUGGGCCACCAUCUUGAACACCAUGCUUCCACUACGCACCACUUAAGAAUGUAUAUUAACUACUAUUGUCGUGUGACUCCAGGAUCAGGGUGAAGAGUUGAAUUACAUGAAGUAGCUUAACCAUUUUAAUGCCUUAUUCCUAACUUAAUUUCUAUUUCAUUCUUUAUUUUCCUCUGAGAGAUUGAAUGGAAGAACAUAUGUAAGUUAUUGUGAGAGUUUCUUACAGGUCCCUUACAGGUCAUGCGUUAUAUAUCUUUCUGACUCACACUCAACACAUUUUGGAAUCUCAAAAAAGUAGAGUCUCCUACUUCUGAAAUGAUUUUAUCUUAUCUUUUUUAUAAAAUAUGUGAUGAGAAAAGAAAGAAAUCAUGUCAUGAAUUUCAUCAACAAAAGAGGAGUGUAUUAAUUGUGUUAGACCUAAUUAGAACUAUAUUUUAUAGUCUAAUUUUAUGAGCUGACAUCUUUUAUGGGACCUUUAAAGAAAAUGGCGUGCAUUUUGGGAUUUCCUGCUGACAUAGUGUGUCCUUAUCUUUCACAGUCAUUUGUCCCAUAAUUAUUUCUUGAAGAAGAAGAAGGAUGAAAAUGCAUGUUAUCAGAAAUACUUUUGUUUUACUGUUUAAAUCUAUCUGGGUCUUCUAUUAUUCUCCUACAAUGAAUCAGUGCCUUACUCUGCAUUGAAUGCAAGUUUAUAUGGACCCCCUCGGGGGACAGAAGGGACUUUGAGUGCAUGUGUGUGUUUUUGUUUGUGUGAACUCUUGCAUGUAUUUGUAUGUUCGCAUCCGACUUGAAGCACACUUCCAAACCAGCAUCAAUAAACCUCCCAGAUCCCUCUUGCUAACUCAAACCACUGGAAGAAAGUUAUUUGCUGCUUCCCUGAUGUGUUUUAAUAUCCAAAUGUCAAUGUCAGUUCCAAAUGUCUAUCGAGGUCUCCCUGAUCGUCUGCCUCUCUCACAGUUGUUGCCUCCCCAGAACUGAACAUCUCUUUUUUUGUUGCUUCCUCUUGAGGAACAGAGUGCUCAGUUUGUUGUCUUUUAUAGCAAGUGUAUGUUUGUCAA